AUGGAUCGUCAAAUGAUGAGAGUUCUCCGUGCGGGACAGAAUGAAAUGUUACGCGAAGAGAUGAGGAAUGCACUUGGCCGAGAAGACUUUGAUGAUCUCUCGCACGACGGGGGUGUCUCUUCCAAUUUGGAGGAGCCAUUGACGAGUGAAGAGGAACAGGAGGACACUGACGGGCCCAGAAUCCAGGACACCGGCUACGACAGUUGUGGCGAACAAUUCGAAUCGGACGAGGAAGUUGUGAGAGAGGUUAUCGCACACAUCGAAGACAUUUCGGACACUGAAUCUGCUUCCGGUUCCAUCGAAGAUUUCGUUUCGUCACUCGGGGAUCUUGACGAACGGGACGAUGACUUCUCUGACUGGACUCUCGAUGACUUCAUUGGAAAGUACAUCGAUCACAAGCAAGCUGAUUCAGGAGAUGACGGUGACGAUGAAGAAAAGACUAACGAGGAGAAGGAUGAAAAUGAGUGA